CGAGGGAGGACGGCAUCAGAAUGGCUACGUUCGACGAUUCGGAAAUGUAUAUGAAUCCUCGUUAUGUCGCAGGUCUUGUUAACUGGCAGGAGCGCAGCCGUGAGCCCAUUUCCGAUGAAUCGCGGGAGGAGGUCUUCGCGAACUUCAGGAAUUCGUGGUUCUGGAAGGAUCACCAAAACAAGCGACGAAUUCAGCAGAUCCUCGAUGAGAAAUACAACUUUGCCCCUUUUCGGCCGUACGAGGCGAACAGGGCCUUCUACCAGAGUGUGACUCGGGUCAAGGUCACUUGCAUUUAUUGCAGCUGCGAUCUGCUCACUUACGAUGUCCUGGAGGCCCAUAAUGCUGGCAGGAAGCACAAGAGACAAUUUGAAAGAGUGCAAAUAAAUAGUCAGGGACAACCAGGUCACAGAACCAGUAAACCCCAGGAAAUGGUCAAUGAGUCACGUGUAAUAAAUCGUGACCAAUCAGCUUCAGGUCAUGAACUGCCUGUAGUAAAACUUGAACUUCCUGUAGAAGCUUUUGAGCCAUCUGUAGUCAGCCAUAAAAUAACAGCAGUACAGCACAAGAAUUCUGAUGCCAGUUUUUACAAGACAUCUGUUGCCAGCAGGAAAGCACCUGCUGCAACAGCAGAUGAGAGACCAGCCAAAAAACAGAAAUCUACUCAACUGUAGAAGUAAAAGGAUCGAUGACAGUCAGUUUUUACACACGGUAUGGAACCAAUUGGCUAAAUAUGUAGUGACUCGAAAGAGGAAGUGUACAGGUGAAAGCAAUAACAGAAGAGAAAAAAAAAAAUGGGGGGGGAAAGCAAAUGGAAAGAGGAAAAGGCAACAAGAAAAAUUUGCUGUCUAAUUUUAAAUAGCCAAAAAAUUUAAGUUUCUUUUUUGGGUAAUCUUAAUAGUAAUCUAAUGUUGGAUUUGUAAUAUCCACAUGAUUCAUUUAUCUUUAGCUAAUUCCUUAUGAUUAGCAUGGAUUACUCACACCUAGAGAUGGUUGUAGAAUUGAAUGGAGUGACCCCUUAAGAGGAAGAGAAAAUAAUGCAAGCCUAAACAUUAAACAAUUGUCCUUGAGUCAGGCCUUGUCAGCAGUCAUAUAAUCUGUUUUGUUAUAAUUUUCCCAAAAGUUUGUUAACUUUUGUUCCUGAUUUCAAGAGGGCAGAAUAUGCUUAAAGUGUACUUAGUGAAGUUCAGUGCUAUACCAUGUCAUUAUUUACAAACAUUCAGACCUAGUCGGGUUAAACUCAUAUUUUUUAGCUAAAUGCAAGAUGACAGUGAGUUUGGUUGAAACCAAAAAAAUACAUAUAUACUUUAUAAUUAUUACCAGCUCUUAUUUUUGUGUACAUACAGAAUUUUCAAAGGAAAGAUUUAUUUUGAAAACAUGAUAUGCAUCAAGGCAGGAAGAGCUUAUAAUAUGUAGGUUAUUUUGUCUUUUGAUAAUUAUAAUAUGAGUUCAAAUUUAAGAAAAAUUGUCAUUUGUUUUCUCUUUGCCAUUGAUACUAUGUUAUAUUCUGUUGGGAAGUAAACUUGGUUUACAGUUUUCAUCAAAUUUCUUUACAACUGAAACACUUAAAUUUAGUUAAAUGUUUGGAAAUGAAACAAAAAAAAUAUUGAUGAAAUUGUAGCUUAAAGUGAAAGCAAUAAAUGUAUUGUGUAAA